GGCACCCCCCCCACGUUGAACUUAAAACCCACCUCUGUGUUCUUCCCCUUAGUCUUCUCAUUUCCCUCAAAAACAUGCUCGAUAAAAUUUAUCAUUGAAAAUUCGCAAAAAAAGGCUAGUCACUUUCCUUGUCUCAGCUAUCCAACCUUUUCUACCCCAAAGAAAUUAUUAUUUCCGUUGGGUCAGUUUCAGCUUCAUUCUCUGAAACUGUAAUUUUCCGGGGAAGAUAAGGCUUGUUUCUUUCACCGACUUCACUGACAAUGAGCUGGGUUUGCUCGUUCCAACAAUUUCGCUUUUGGGUUCAAACCGAUUUGCUGUGUUGAGCCGAUGGGCUGCGUUUAUUCCAGAGUGUGCAUUGGGGAGGUGAGUAGUAGCACCGGCUCCGGAAGAAGAGAGCAGCCUCAGAACGCUACUGAGAUCCCGGUUUUCUCGCCCAACUCGUCCAAUGACGGCGAAGAAAACGGAGAUCAGUUCGGUACCGGCAACUACAGCCGUGAUGCCGAAGCCGGCAUCACAAGGCUGUCGAGGGUUUCGGCUCAGUUUCUACCUCCCAACGGGUCCAGAACCGUUAAGGUUCCUUCAGGCAGUUACGAGUUGAGAUACUCGUAUCUUUCGCAGAGGGGUUAUUACCCUGAUGCCCUCGACAAGGCUAAUCAGGACAGCUUUUGUAUCCACACCCCGUUCGGGACCAACCCGGAUGAUCACUUCUUCGGCGUGUUUGACGGGCACGGGGAAUUCGGAGCGGAAUGUUCGCAGUUCGUGAAGAGGAAGCUGUGUGAGAAUCUGCUCAGGAAUGCCAAGUUCCAGGUGGAUGCCGUGGAGGCUUGCCACGCGGCGUUUAUGGCGACGAAUACGCAGCUGCAUGAGGAGAAUGCUGUGGACGACAGUAUGAGUGGGACGACGGCGAUUACUGUGCUGGUUAGGGGGAGGAAGAUGUACAUUGCCAAUUCCGGGGACUCGAGGGCGGUGGUGGCUGAGAGGAGAGGGGAGGAGCUCGUGGCGGUGGAUCUUUCGAUUGAUCAGACGCCGUAUAGGGUGGAUGAGCUGGAGCGGGUCAAGAUGUGUGGAGCUAGGGUUAUGACAUUGGAUCAGAUUGAGGGGCUGAAGAAUCCGGAUGUGCAGUGCUGGGGGACUGAGGAAGGGGAUGAUGGUGAUCCCCCGAGGCUGUGGAUACCGAAUGGGAUGUAUCCCGGGACUGCAUUUACGAGGAGUAUUGGCGAUUCGAUUGCUGAGUCGAUUGGAGUUGUUGCCAAUCCUGAGAUUGUUGUUUUGGAGCUCACACUGGAUCAUCCAUUUUUCGUGCUUGCGAGUGAUGGGGUGUUUGAGUUUAUUUCUAGCCAAACCGUGGUUGAUAUGGUUGCUAAAUAUAAAGAUCCACGUGAUGCUUGUGCGGCAAUUGUUGCAGAAUCUUAUAAACUUUGGCUGCAGUAUGAAACCCGCACAGAUGAUAUUACAGUGAUCGUGGUGCAUGUGGAUGGGCUAACUGCUACUGCUGUUGGUCAAUCAGUUCAUCCUGGUUCUGUUUUACAGUCACCUGUUCCUCAAGUUGUAGAGUUCACAGGAUCAGAAUCUCCAUCAACCAUUGGCUGGAACCCUCGGAACCCUCGGAUAAAACAUGAUUUGUCAAAGGCACGUCUCCGCGUGAUUGAAAAUUCUCUGGAAAAUGGGCAAGUUUGGGUUCCUCCAUCUCCAGCCCAUAGAAAAACCUGGGAGGAAGAAGCACAAAUUGAGCGAGCUUUACACGAUCAUUUCCUCUUCAGGAAACUUACAGACUCUCAGUGUCAAGUAUUAUUGGAUUGCAUGCAAAGGGUUGAGGUCCAGCCUGGGGACAUUGUUGUUAGACAGGGUGGUGAAGGUGACUGCUUUUAUGUUGUUGGCAAUGGAGAAUUUGAGGUGUCGGCCACCCAGGAAGAAAAGAAUGGAGAGGUCCAGAGAGUUCUGCAACGAUAUACAGCCGAAAAACUGUCAUCCUUUGGAGAACUUGCACUAAUGUAUAACAAACCACUCCAGGCAUCCGUUCGUGCCGUGACCACUGGAACUCUCUGGGCAUUGAGAAGAGAAGACUUCCGUGGAAUUCUAGUGUCAGAGUUUUCUAAUUUGUCAUAUUUGAAGUUGCUUCGAUCAGUGGAUAUUUUAUCCAGGUUGACAAUAUUACAGCUCAGCCAUAUUGCUGAUUCUCUCUCUCAGGUCUCAUUCUCAGAUAGGCAAACAAUUGUCAAUGAGAAUGAAGGCCUUUUGGCAUUGUACAUUAUCCAGAAGGGAAAAGUGAGGAUCACAUUUGAUGCAAAUUUAGUUAGUAAUCCAGUUGUCUGCAAUCUCAUGUCUGACGAUAAAAAACAAGGUCAUAAUCCUCAGAGUGGUAAAGACAUCGUAGUGGUGAAGACAGAGGGAAGCUAUUUUGGCGAGUGGACACUUCUCGGUGAACAUAUUGAUUCGUUUAAUGCAAUUGCUGUGGGGGAUGUUGUUUGUGCUGUUUUGACAAAGGAAAAUUUUGAUUCAGUCAUUGGCCCUUUGACAAAGCUUACUCAGGAUGAUCAGAAAUCAAGAGAUCAAUCUUCUGAAAUUUUAACGGAAUCUGCUAAAAUUAUUGAUAUCUCUGCGCUUACAAAAGUUCAGCUUGCUGAUAUGGAGUGGAGGAGGUGUCUGUAUUCCACUGACUGCAGUGAGAUUGGGCUUGUUCGUUUAAGAGGUCCAGAAAAUAUGCUUAGUUUGAAAAGGUUUUCAAGGAAGAAGGUCAAAAAGCUUGGAAAAGACGCACAGGUAUUAAAAGAGAAGGAUCUAAUCAAGAGCAUGUGCCCUUCAGCUUGUGUGCCACAGGUCCUGUCCACCUGUCUUGAUCAGACAUAUGCUGCAAUCCUGCUCAAUACAUGCAUUGCUUGUCCAUUGGCCUCGAUACUUCGCACACCCCUAGAUGAACCAUCUGCUCAAUUUUGUACAGCCUCUUUGAUUACUGCUUUGGAGGAUCUCCACAGGAAUGACGUUCUCUACAGAGGCUUGUCUCCUGAUGCUUUAAUGUUGGACCACUCAGGACAUUUACAGCUUGUAGAUUUCAGAUUCGGGAAAAAGUUAUGUGGCCAAAGAACAUAUACAAUUUGUGGAAUGGCAGAUUUUUUAGCUCCAGAGGUAGUUCAGGGAAUAGGCCAUGGUUUCCCAGCUGACUGGUGGUCAUUGGGAGUCUUGAUAUAUUUCAUGCUACAAGGUGAAUUGCCUUUUGGGUCAUGGAGAGAAAGUGAGCUUGAUACUUUUGCAAAGAUUGCGAAGGGACAGGUUAAUCUUCCUCAAAAUUUUAGCCCUGAAGUUGUUGAUCUCAUCACCAAGUUACUUGAGGUUGAUGAAAACGCCAGACUAGGAAGCCAAGGUUCUGAUGCUGUUAAAAGUCAUCCCUGGUUUGAUGGUAUUGAUUGGAAAGGGAUGAGGGACGGUAGUUUUCCUGUUCCUCUGGAGAUCAUCUCUCGCAUAACUCAAUACUUGGAAACUCAUUCAGAUGAGUAUAGUGUUCAUCAAGGUACCUCGUCGGAUGAUGAAGAUGAAGUUGACAUUCCAGAAUGGUUUGAUGACUGGUAGAAGGAUAAAUAAGUACAGCACUUUCAACGGUAGUAGAACUAUUUCCAGGAGGGGCUUCUGUUUUGCUGCUAUGAGAUUGGCUCAUUUUGCUGAACAAUGAGAACCGCAGGCCCAGUAUACUUGACUUGAUUUACAUGUGAUAUUUUACAGGCUCUAAAAUUAGCCAUUGUUGAGGUCAGUUAAUAGUUUUCGUUUCUUUAAUUACUUUUUCUUUUUGUUUCUUGGAUGCAAGUCCCCCCUUAUGUAAAUACAUACAUGUAUGUGUAAAUAAAUGAAGAUCCUUCAAUGCAUAGCGCCAUUGAUUUCUUA